UUCAUCAUGACCAUCAUCAUCAUCUCUCUGCUCCUGCUGGCCUCUCUGCUGCCACACCUGACCUUCACUGCUCAUGUGAAUGUGGGUAUAGUGAACGGCAGGAAAGCCAAACCCCACUCCAGACCUUACAUGGUUUCUCUUCAGGUGUAUGGGCAACAUAUCUGUGGUGGAUUCCUCAUUUCUGAUCAGUUUGUCUUGACUGCUGCACAUUGCCGAAAGAAAACAGAAGAGCUGACAGUUGUGGUUGGUGCACAUGAUCUACGAAAAAUGAAUGAAGGAGGUGUCCGCAUUAAAGUGGAGUCCUACUACAAACAUCUGGAUUAUAGUGAAAAUCCUUAUCGGAAUGACAUCAUGCUUUUGAGGCUAAAGAAAAAAGUCGAAAAGAACAAACAUGUCGAAUGGAUUUCAAUACCAAAGACAGAAGGAGACAUCCCAGCAGAUUCUGUUUGCAGUGUUGCAGGCUGGGGAAGUUUAGUAACUAAUGGCACUUCAAGCCCAGUCCUCAUGGAAACAAAUGUGAAGAUCAUGAAUAACAAAAAAUGUAAACAUAUUUGGGGAUUAACGUUCUCAGCUGGACAGAUGAUGUGUGUAUAUGGCGAUGGAGGAAGCUGUGGUGGGGAUUCAGGAGGUCCUUUGGUUUGUGGAGACACUGCAGUUGGUGUCACAUCCUUUGGAGACCCAGAUCUCUGUAAUUCACCUAAACUACCUGAAGUUUAUAUGAAGGUUUCAGCAUAUCUUCCAUGGAUACAUAAGUUUAUUGGAAAUGUUUAUUGA